AUGCACUCCGCUCCCCUCGUUAACUUCGCCGAGCGCGAUCGAGACUUCAUUAUCACCAACCCAGACGAUGUGAACGAACUACGUCUCGUCACCCGCAGCCAGCUGAAGGCAUUCAUCGUAUACUCCUACGCCCUUCGUAACAAGGCUCCCUCGGCUCGCCCUGCCUGCCCAUUGGGCUAUGAGUACUUUGCUCGUGCCUACAAUCAUGAGGGACUUACCACUACCGCCUCUGUCAUCGACGAACAAGGCAUUGUAAAGUGCGAAGGCGCGUCCAUUGAGAUGGGAGAUCUCUUGGACGACGAUGACAAAGACGUCACUUUGUCCGCUAUGCGCAUGGACCAAGUUGACUGCAUGGUGUGGCACACUGCCCUCUCUGCCGCUCAUCAGCGGGACAAGAUCGAGGAGCGCCGCUUGAUGAACAAGAAGAGCAAGAACUACUUCAAGAAGCAGCAGGUUAAGAUGUUUAGAAAGGGGUUUGGGAACCAAAAGAGGAACGCGCUUAACACUGGUGCCCCCGGAGGGACCAAAGCGUCUGGCAGUGUCCAGCCACCCACCGAGGACGAGAUGAACACCGUGGGGUGA